UGUAUAAUGCAAUGAAUUACACCCAAUGGCAACUUCAAUUAUCCUCACUUUGAAGUCAAAUCCAUAAACAGUAUAAUUGAAUAGAAUGUCAAACUCCGGAAGAAUGCCAAACGGUGUGAAUGGUAACCGAGUUCUGGCCGUCGGGCGCCGAACCAACACAGCUCUGGGCCGACGACCGCUCGCCGUAUCGAUGAGAACCAAUAAAGCCGUCAACGAAAACGCUGUCCGAACCGACGCUAACAACGCCUUUAAAGAGGUAUUGAAACGCGAAGCGGCCUCCAAUAAACCUCUCCGAUUCAAGGCGUCCAAAACUGUGGCCGUGAAUGACGAGAACGCGGAGAACGCAACGGUUCCCGCGGCUGAGAAGUCAAAGAUCCCGAUCGGCGACAAGAAGUUGGCUCUGAAGAAGACUAAACACUUCAAUUAUCUUCACUUUGAAGUCAAAUAUAAGUAUAAUUGA